CGUCAUCACAGGAUAACGUGUCCUCAAGCCGCUGGAUAAGCACGCGAAUCGGCUUCUCGAGAUAAAAAGGGCUUCUCCGAGAUCCAUUUCUUUGGCCGCAAUUGCUGUCGCUGCACCCGCUUCUCUGCCUGCUGCCCCAAAUCGUCUGAUCCAACGCCACCGUUGCUCGCAUCUGCACAUUGCACCACCAGCCAGAGGGGAAAAAGAAAAGAAAAUUCAUUACUGCUCUCAUCAUCUGCUCGGCCUUGCCUGCUUACGCGUAGCAUCAAAUAGGACACUUUUCUUCUCCUUUACAUAUUCGACGUUUGUUUAGGCCGCGUCGCCGCCAGUCGCAGUCAUGGGUCUCGCCUUUUCUAAGAUUUUCGACAAGCUGUGGGGGAAGAAGGAGAUGAGAAUUCUCAUGGUCGGUCUCGAUGCCGCCGGUAAAACCACCAUUCUGUACAAGCUGAAGCUUGGUGAAAUCGUCACCACCAUCCCUACUAUUGGCUUCAACGUCGAGACUGUUGAGUACAAGAACAUCCAGUUCACCGUGUGGGAUGUCGGUGGCCAGGACAAGAUCCGUCCCCUGUGGAGACACUACUUCCAGAACACCCAGGGUAUCAUCUUCGUCGUCGACAGCAACGAUCGAGAUCGUAUCGUCGAGGCCCGAGAGGAACUUCAGCGCAUGCUGAACGAGGAUGAGCUGCGAGAUGCCAUCCUGCUGGUCUUUGCCAACAAGCAGGAUCUGCCCAACGCCAUGAACGCUGCCGAGAUUACUGACAAGCUCGGUCUUCACAGCUUGAGGCAACGAGCCUGGUACAUCCAGUCCACUUGUGCCACAUCCGGAGAUGGUCUGUACGAGGGUCUCGAAUGGCUCGCCACCACUCUCCGAAAGGCUGGUCACCAGUAAAAAACCCACUCAGGAACCUCUUCUGGUAGAGCCUCCCGCUCUCCAUCCCGCCUCCCUACCGCACACUCUCGCAAAGUUCUUGCCAAGCUCGAGACUUCGGUUGUAAUUUGCAAAGUUAUAUCGAUCAUACCAAUCAAAAUUAAUCCAUAAAUUGUGUCAACUCUUUGUUUCAAAGUGCCUCGCACUCUCACAUGCCACCAAUUGUGAGCCUGUUGAUAUACAUACCCUAACCAUGUCUUUGAAUUGGAGAGGGGAGGGGAUUUAGCUCUUUGGAAAAAGGAAGUUGUAUGGGCGUAUCCUCAAGGCUUCGUUAUGAAUUCGUUUUCAAAGGAAAAAAUAGAAGAAGAAAAAAGAUGACCCCCCAAAAAGGAACAAUUGAGGGCUGGGUUGAUCGUUGCUACUUGACAAAUUGCAGCCAUUUCUCGAGCGCUCAGGUGAUUUCGGAACGGAAACAGGAAAAAAACAAUGGGAGUUUUCUAACAAAAGAGAAAGAAGGAAAGCGGCAAAGAUUGACAAAUAUUUGACGGGAGAGGAAAGUUUUACUGGGGAGAUGCGAGAGCGAGGAGGGCUCCUUGUUUUUCUUUUUACGACUGGGUGCCUUUGGCUGAAAUGCUUUCAUGACGGUUGUGUUCUGUGUUUUUUCAUUGUCUCUCCAUGUCAUCUUGUCAUUUGCGCUAGAUUGGCGGAGUUGGGUUGUUCGUUGAAGGCCUCCCGGCUGGGAAUGAUCGUAGCGGAAUUGAACGGAUGGGUGCGAGGGAAGCAGGAUUAUCCGUGUUUUCUACGCUUUUUCUAUUAUAUCUUUACCACUUUUAUUUUACCCUUUUCUCCUUUUUAUUCUUAUUCUUGUUGUCUCCACCAAGUGUUGUUGUCUCUGCCAGAGUGUUGUGAAUGAACUGACGUGUGUGGCAUGACUAUUAUCUGUUUUCUUCGAUGAGUGUCUUUUUCGCUCUCUCUCUAGCAAUGGAAGAAGUUGAGAAGUUUCGAGAGAAUAAAUGUAUGCAGUGCAGAUAGAACAGAUUGAACCCGAUAGCUGGAAUAUAAUGGAUCAUGAACGAUCUUGUAGAUUUCCUUUUGCCAUCACUAGCCGGUACGC